GUGGAUACUGGCUGUGAACAAGGAACGCAGAAUGACAAUCCACAACCUCUAUCUCUUCGAUCGCGAUGGGCAGCUCCUGUAUUACACAGAUUGGAACAGAAAAAAGCAGUCUGGCAUGACUAGAGAGGAGGAAGCCAAGUUGAUGUAUGGUAUGAUUUUCUCCAUCAAAUCGUUUGUGGCAAAGGUGUCACCUGUUGAUCUCAAAGAAGGCUACCUCUCAUAUACAACCAAUAAGUAUCGACUCAACCUCUAUGAGACGCCUUCCAGACUGAAAUUCAUCCUUAAUACUGAUAUUCAUGCACAGGGAAUCAAGGAGCUUCUGCAACAGAUAUAUACUCAGGUGUAUGUGGAGUAUGUGGUAUACAACCCACUCUGCAACCUCAAAAAACCCAUUGAGAGUGAGCUGUUUGCUGCCAAGCUUGACGAGGUGGUGAAACAGAGUCCAGCAUACGCGUCAAGACCAGCAUGAGGAAAAGAGCCAAGAUAAAUUUUGCUUUGAAGAAUGUAAAUUGUAGGACUAUAUAUUAUUAUUAUAAAUAUUUGUUUUAUCUUUUUUUUUCCAGAGAAGAAUAUUAAGAAUAGAUCUGCAUAAUGAAUAAUGUUUUCAGAAGUGUUGCACAUCUGAUUGAUAUUUAGGGUUUAUAUAGGAAAGAUUCAUUGGGUUGUUUUGAUGUCUUUGAGAAUUUAGUUUUGAUUUACUCUUGACAUUUACUGUGGUUUAUUUGAAAGCUAGAAUGGGAUUUAAAAAGAGACUGAAGGCUGUUGUUACAAAGAGUUGAUUCCAUAUUGUAUUAUUAAUAAAGAUGACCAUUUUCUC